GUGCACCGCGGCGCGCGGGCCUUGGGCGCGGAUUGCUGGCGCGUACCGCGGGAGGUGAGCGGCGGCGCGGCGUGAGGUUCUUCGCGUACAGUGGUCCAGAGGCAACCAGGCAGGGUCGAUAUGGAAGUGAAGGAUGCCAAUUCUGCACUGCUCAGUAACUAUGAGGUGUUCCAGUUACUAACUGAUCUGAAAGAGCAGCGUAAAGAAAGUGGAAAGAAUAAACACAGUUCUGGGCAACAGAAUUUGAAUACUAUCACCUAUGAAACAUUAAAAUACAUAUCAAAAACACCAUGCAGGCACCAGAGUCCUGAGAUUGUCAGGGAAUUUCUCACAGCAAUGAAAAGCCACAAGUUGACCAAAGCUGAAAAACUACAGCUGCUGAAUCACAGGCCUAUGACUGCUGUUGAGAUCCAGCUGAUGGUGGAAGAGAGUGAAGAACGGCUCACAGAGGAGCAGAUUGAAGCGCUCCUCCACACUGUCACAAGCAUCCUGCCUGCAGGGCCGGACGCGGAGCAGCAGAAAAGUGCCAACCAUGAUGUGACAAUGGAUGAAGAGGACUCAGCAUAGAAGGGUACAGCUGGCCUGAGCGUCUCACGAAGUCCAAAGGCCCAGCAGCCAUUUUUCAGACAGAAGAUUGUUUAGUUUCACCCUCUCCCCCAACAGACCUGAUUUCACCAUUAGUUGGGUAAAUCACAAAAAAUAAGCCUUUCUCAAAAAUAAGCUGAAAAGAAAUAGCCUCCGGGAGAAGAAACACAGUGAAGACAGGCUGAGGUUGUCAGGGCAGAGGGCUAAAGGAGGACACAGUCAAAGAGGACAAUGGCUGUGGAACCCUCUGUGGUAAAAAUAUUUCUUUUUUGGCCUUUGCCACAACUGUGGGAGAGUCUUUUUACACAGCUAGUAACAUACUUGCAUUGCCUUUGUUGGGCUGUGUCCUACUAAUUAGUUUCAUCUACUUCCCUAGGAACUUCCCAAGCAGGGACACAGAGUGCUGUUGGGAUAAGAAGUGAGUUAGGAGAAUGCAGCGAGCUGGCUAGAAACUCCCCGGGCAGCUCCAGUUUAAGUGAGCCACCGAACUUGGCUCACCUUAGAGGAACCUUUUCCUCAGACACAGCAGAGGUAAGAUAAGAACAGGUCUGGCCAACUAUCCUCAGGUCCAAAGGCCCUUUUUCUGUAAUGGCACGGGCUUUGUCUACAAGUUCACAGUUUAGUCUUAAAUGUUUGGGCACAGCUCAUUCCAGUCGAAAAGAGGCACUUCACACUGAGUGACUGACAACAGAAAUGCAGUGUCGGUUGUCUUUCUGACUACACUCAGUUUCUUGCCCUGGGCAGGUGCCUCUUGUUAAGACUUUGUGAGCUUCAUUUGCACAAAGGAUAAAUUAUUUUACAUCUUUAAAAAGGGCAUAAUUAUGUACCCCUUUUCAUAGAAUAUGUAAGAACUAGUGGUGGAUUAAUAAGAAUUUGAAUUAGUUGGCUGUUGCAGAGUUGUUUUGGUUUUUUAAAAUUUAAAAUAUUAAGAUAAUUACCGUGUGAAGAGCUUGUUAAUAUUCAAGCCUUGGAGAGUUUAGUAGCUCCAGAUAUGUGGUUGCCUUUGGUCCUAGGAAUAUUGAAAAAAAAUCUUAACUUUUCACAUUCACUUGGCACCCUAUUUGAGGAAGAAAAUGCCCAUAGACACUAAUUUUCCAAAUUGGCACUUGCUUUGUUACAAGAUUAUAUAUUUUCAAUGCUGAUAUUAAUUGGAUUACUUCCCACUCCCUUGUCAUUUCUAGGUUUUCAUUUUCUUUACCUCCUCCCCUCUCCCAGUUGUAAUUAUGUCAGUCUUGACCUUAUUAUCUAAGGAUUCAGGGAAAUCUGUUUAUAGGCAACGUUGAAAUUACAAGUCAUUUAUUUUGAAAUUUUUCUGCAGCAGUAGGAAUUUUACCCCCAGGCUGUUGAUUUUUUAUUAGUCAAGGCAUACAUAUGCCCAUGUAUUAUUGUUUCAUCGUAACCCUGAGUGUGUUAGAUUUUUUUACUUGAAGGAUUUAGGGCUUAAUCUAUUUAAUAAUAAGUUGUUUCCAGGUGACUGCCAACUUGUAUUAUUUUUAUAAAUUUUUGAAGAGUUUGCUUUUCAAUGGAUAGAAAUGAAAUGAAAUCUGACUUAAAGUGUAAAGUGUGAUUUUUUAAGAAUUCAGUCUACUUAGAUCUAGAUUCUGUGUUGAAAUUCAGAAAGAUUUUUAGCUUUUAUAUUUGGGAUCUGAAUGUAGCCUCAUUUUCUGAUUAAACCACACAGGGUCUGGAAUGCUCAUCUUUCAUCAGGAACAUUUUGUGUAAUAUUACUGUUGCAUUUCGUAAUAAACAUUUUGGAAGUAAAAAGUCAUAA